ACUCGCACGUGCGAAAGGUGCGUGCCGCGACAAACUUUUAGGUGGUGAAACGCUAACGCUGUUUUCGUUGUUAGAAGUGUCUGGACCAGCAAAUACAAAGUUUCUAGUGUAUCGAAAUGUUCGAAUCUAAAAAGUGAAAGGGACUGUCGUUAAACAGAACAAUUUUAUGGUUCGAACUAACGAGCCUUGUUCGUUCAUAAGCGAAAUAGUGCAACGAAUAUUCCAUUCGAUCCCUCCACUUUGAAGUCGUAACUCCAAAAGGUAGAAAGAACAUUCGAUAAAAAUGAUGGAUCUUGGAAUUUUGCGGCAAAUACUCAUCGGAAUCGUCUGCAAUCUUCUGAUCAUCGAUAGUGGAUUGCACGAAGGAUGGAGCACCCCAAUUAUACCGAAAUUCGGGAACGAAGAUUCUUUAGAGGUGUCGACCGACAGAGUCGUGUGGGUGGUGAAUUUGAUGUACGUCGGUGUUGGCCUUGGCUCGAUCGUGCCGUUUCUCCUGAUGGACAGGAUCGGUCGCAAGGGGACGCUACUCUUCGCUACGGUGCCAAAGAUUGCCAGCUGGAUCUUGAUCGGUAAAGCAAAAUCCGUUCUUGUACUUUACAUCGGUCGAAUAUUGGCCGGAAUUGGGUGCGGAAUAACGUACGCCGUGAUGCCAAUGUACCUUGGAGAAGUUAGCAGCAAAAGGUCGCGUGGACCAUUAGGUACACUGAUAGCGGUUCUUCUAAACACGGGAAUGAUGAUGGCGUACGCGAUUGGUCUGUGGGUGAGUCGUUUCACGAUGUCCAUGAUUGCGGUCUCGAUCCCGAUCGUGUUCCUCGUGACGUUCGUCUGGCUACCGGAGAGCUCGGUGUUUUUGACGAAGAAAAACAAGCUGACGUCCGCGGAGAGGACGCUGAAAUGGGCUCUGGGCAAGGAGGACGUGGUGGAGGAACUGGAAGAGAUCAAACGGAUCGUCGCGACGGAGGAUUCUAGCGUAAAAAUAACGUUCCACGGGUCGUUUCGGGAAAGCUUGGUUAGGAGAGAGAAUCGAAAAGCUUUUCGUAUCGCGUUGAUCGUUCUGAGCGCGUUGACUUUAACAGGCGCCGCGCCGCUUUUGGCUUAUCAGUCGUUCAUAUUCGAGGAGGCUGGUUUUGAAAUCUCAACGAACGUUAGCAUCGUUAUGACUGGCUGUGCGAUAGUGCUCGCGGGCAUCGUCUGCGUGACGCUGGUGAGGAUCAUCGGCAAGAGAUUGCUUCUUCUGUUCUCGACACCCGUCUGCAUUUUGUCGUUAGCGGCGCUCGCAAUUUUCUUCGGCCUCCUCUCAAGCGGCCACGACGUCUCCAAGCUCCGAUGGAUGCCCACGGUCUUCCUGGUGGUUUAUGUCCUCGGUUACGGCCUCGCUUUGAACCCCGUGCCUCUCGCUUACGUUGGCGAAAUCUUUCACGUCGACGUUAAGGUGCCCGCCGCUAUAUUCUGCUCGCUUUACUACGCCCUCGUUACGACCACCGUCGUGAAAUUCUAUCAGGUACUGCAAGAAUCGUAUGGAACAUAUGUGCCCAUAUCGAUAUUCACAGUGAUUACUUUCUUCAUUUGGAUUCUGAUCUAUCGAUACGUGCCCGAGACGGAAGGAAAGACCUUGGAGGAGAUACAGAUAGAAUUGCGUGAAAAACAUUGAUAGUUACUGUGCGCUCAAUAUAGGUGUCACUGUCACAAAAUAUUUAUUGAAAUACAAUUUGAACCUGAAUUAAAGUGCACAUUUUUUUCCAAACUUUGCGGCAUUACAUAAUCAUUUCUUCGAAUCUGUAACAUCGAGCAUGAUCUCGAUUAUCGUGCACGAGUCACCUAAUGUAACGUGGAAUGAUAUGGAUAUUAUUCAUUUGAAACUCAAGUUUAACCUUAAAAUUUAUAUUAUAACUUCAA